AUGACGAAUUUCCAGCAUGUAGCUCUUUUCAUGUUCCUGAUCUUCUUGCCAAUGGGUAGGGGUGUUAGUAUUUUGUUACUUGUUUCUUUUUAAUCCGGCUCAUUUCCGUGCAUUAAGUUUAAUUUUAAUAUCCGCCAGCAGUUUCGCUUACGUUGACAGAGGCAAAGAUCGUUAAAGAACCAGCGCAGAAUUUGAUGAAUUUACGUUUUCACGAUAUACGAGUCAUCGUUAAAGUGCUUUUACUUAUUAAGUUAAGUUGAUAACAUUGCUAAUCAUCGUGAUUGGCGCUGCCAGUAGAAUUGAGAGCUCUUUCGUGUACCUCUUCACAUCAAAACUGCAAGAAUUUAAAAUCGAAUACCUAAGGAGGCUUUAUUAACUGCUGUUUAACAACUCAACCUGGUUUGGACAGCAACUAUUAAUAACUCCUUACUAUAGCAUUCUGUCAAAUUUAUCCAAAGAGCCGUGCGUAUUAAAUGUCGUUAGUAUAGAGAUGUUCCGCGGGGUGUGCGGAAGGAAUUCAGUUCUUCUAGUGUGUUCUACCCAUUGUGUCACGCCUUUUCACGAUUUAUUCGAAUAAUUAUAUUUCAGUUGAUUAAUGUUAUCAUCCGUUUCUUAAUUUAGUAGGCAGCGUUCUUUUCUGUUUGAAGACUGCGUGCAUUACCUAUUAACGUAAUUUAGUUUCUAGAAAGUUAUUUAUAAGAUUAAGACAACUGUAUAUGAGGAAUUUGGUGAAUGCCCGACUCAGCAGUUUCUAAAGGUUUUUUGGUUUAUUUUGUUACUUUUAUUUUCUAAAAUAUACGAAGAAAACUGUUGCUUAUAUACGCAAUGGUUAUUCUUACUGAUAUCAUAUUAAGAACUUUGUAUCCCGUUUGCUACACCAACAUGUUUUUAGAAUANAAUCGAAUACCUAAGGAGGCUUUAAACUGCUGUUUAACAACUCAACCUGGUUUGGACAGCAACUAUUAAUAACUCCUUACUAUAGCAUUCUGUCAAAUUUAUCCAAAGAGCCGUGCGUAUUAAAUGUCGUUAGUAUAGAGAUGUUCCGCGGGGUGUGCGGAAGGAAUUCAGUUCUUCUAGUGUGUUCUACCCAUUGUGUCACGCCUUUUCACGAUUUAUUCGAAUAAUUAUAUUUCAGUUGAUUAAUGUUAUCAUCCGUUUCCUAAUUUAGUAGGCAGCGUUCUUUUCUGUUUGAAGACUGCGUGCAUUACCUAUUAACGUAAUUUAGUUUCUAGAAAGUUAUUUAUAAGAUUAAGACAACUGUAUAUGAGGAAUUUGGUGAAUGCCCGACUCAGCAGUUUCUAAAGGUUUUUUGGUUUGUUUUGUUACUUUUAUUUUCUAAAAUAUACGAAGAAAACUGUUGCUUAUAUACGCAAUGGUUAUUCUUACUGAUAUCAUAUUAAGAACUUUGUAUCCCGUUUGCUACACCAACAUGUUUUUAGAAUACCCUGACUAGUGCAAAAAUUAUUGGUGUCUUUCAAUUAUUAUUCAGUAUCUUAUAACUGCACGUUGUCUCAGGGCUGACUGUGAGUGAGUUAGAUCUAUAGCUAUGAUUUAAUGCAAACACAAUACUUGCGUAGACUAAUGAUAAGUCCCUGUAGCAGAAUUGUUGGCCUUUAUUGACCUAGUUCUUCUUUACUUUCCGCUGCAGUGACUUCCCGAGAUUGUUAUCAAUGUCUUAGUACGCACUCUUUCCAAGAUUGUGCAGCCAAACAAUACCGGGUAACAUGUUUGAGCUCUCAGCAUUGUGUCAAGGCAAGCGCCAAAAGAACAUCUGGCAUCAGGGACGAGGGAUACGUUAAAGGAUGCGCUGCGACCUGUUCAGCAUCAGGCGUUCCAAUAUGCAACGAACCCAACGUCCAGUGUAAAGUUAGUUGUUGCUCCUCUGACUACUGCAAUGGAGCCUCAGGUCCAACGGUCAACCGAAUUCUUUUAAUUGCCACUUUCACUGCCAGCUUUAUGUAUCUGUUUGGAUGU